UUUUAAGCUUCUUGUCCCUUCCUUCGUCGCCUUGACACUCUUCAAUCUACUAGCAUAGGUAAUCCAUACACGACUACGACUACGACUACGACUACACACGCCCACCUGCGGGUCCCCUCCUGACCGACGUCUUUUUCUUUUUGUUGAUGAACUUACAAUAACAACAUACAUACUCUACUACCCUCCGAGCCCGCAAUCGAUCUGGAUCACGACCCAUACUACUGGCACGGCCAUUUGACUACCCAUCAUGGCUGAAAACAGUGACAUUAACGCCGUCCUCAGCAAUUCGCUGUCCACAGAUGCUGCGACGCGAAAUGGUGCUGAGCAACAACUCGCCCAGGCCGCUGAAAACAACUUUCCUCUCUAUCUUGCCACACUCGUCCAGUCCCUGGCCGACGAAAAUGCGGAGGCCCAAAUAAGAGUUGCCGCGGGUUUGGCCCUGAAGAACUCUUUCACCGCCCGCGAGUUCGCUCGAGCGCAAGAAUUACAGGCCAAAUGGCUACAGCAGACAGACCAAGAGACGAAAAGUCGUGUCAAGGCUCUUGCCCUUCAGACCCUGUCGUCGAGUAACAGCCAGGCCGGAAACGCUGCUGCCCAGGUCAUCGCUUCCAUCGCUUCUCUUGAACUCCCCAGGGAUCAAUGGCCUGAGCUCAUGGGAACCUUGGUGCAAAACGUUAGCAAUGGCGCUCCUCACCAGAAACAAGCCUCUUUGACAUGCAUUGGAUACAUCUGUGAUAGCCAAGAUGCCGAGUUGCGGACAGCGUUGGUUGCCCACUCAAACGCUAUCUUGACCGCUGUGGUACAGGGUGCUCGUAAGGAGGAGACAAACCAAGAGAUCCGCUUGUCUGCCAUAUAUGCGCUUGGUGACUCUCUCGAGUUCGUGGGCAACAACUUCAAGCACGAAGGUGAAAGGAACUACAUCAUGCAAGUUGUCUGCGAGGCUACACAAGCCGAGGAUUCGCGGAUACAACAGGCUGCAUUUGGUUGCCUCAACCGUAUUAUGGCUCUUUAUUACGAGAACAUGCGCUUCUACAUGGAGAAGGCCUUGUUUGGUCUUACCAUUUUGGGAAUGAAGAAUGAAGACGAAGAUGUUGCAAAACUCGCCGUCGAGUUCUGGAGUACUGUGUGUGAGGAAGAAAUAAACAUAGAAGAGGAUAACUCACAAGUCGAUAACACUGAGCAAAUGCGGCCAUUCUAUAACUUUGCUCGUGUAGCUACAGGGGAAGUUGUCCCCCAGCUGCUGACUCUUCUGACUAAGCAAGAUGAAGAUGCCGCUGACGAUGAAUAUAACCUGGCUCGCGCCGCGUACCAAUGUCUUCAGCUGUAUGCACAAGCCGUGGGCGCUAAUAUUGUCCCUCAUGUACUUCAGUUUGUCGAGCAGCACUUGCGUUCCGAGGAUUGGCAUUACCGCGAGGCUGCUGUGGCAGCCUUUGGCGCAAUCAUGGAAGGGCCUGAGGAAAAGACUCUGGAGCCUAUCGUUAAGCAGGCUUUGCCUAUCCUCAUCAGUAUGAUGGAAGACAGCUCCAUCUUUGUCAAGGAUUCGACCGCUUACGCUCUGGGCCGAAUCACUGAGGCUUGCUCAGAUGCUAUUGAUCCUAACACGCAUCUAGAUCCUCUUAUUAGGUCUUUAUUUGCUGGUAUCCAUGACUCGAAGAUGGCAGCUUCGUGCUGCUGGGCGCUCAUGAACUUAGCCGACCGGUUCUCGGGUGACUUCGAGGCUUCGUCAAACCCGAUAACGCCUCACUUCAACCAGAGCGUGCAGACCCUCCUCGAGGUUACAUCGCAGGCUGCGGCUGAGACGACUGUUCGUACAACUUCGUACGAAGUCCUUAGUGCAUUUGUCCAGCAUGCGGCAACAGAUAGCUUCCCGGCUAUUGCUGAGCUAUCAAAUGUAAUCAUCAAGCGUCUCGAAGAGACCAUUCCCUUGCAAUCUCAGGUUGUAAGCAUUGAAGACAAGAUCGCACUGGAGGAGAUGCAGACUAGUCUAAGCACAGUCCUUCAGGCUAUCAUUCAGCGACUAGAGAAGGAGAUUGCACCACAGGGUGACCGAAUCAUGCAGGUAGAUCUGCAGAUUCUAAACACCGUUGGACCUAGGUCUAGCGUUCCUGAGGCUAUAUUUGCUACUAUUAGUGGCCUAUCAAACGCUAUGGAAGAAGACUUCUUCAAAUACAUGGAGGCAUUCUCUCCUUUCCUUUACAACGCCUUGGCCAACCAGGAAGAGCCAAGUGUCUGCUCAAUGGCUAUUGGACUGGUCAGCGAUAUUACGCGCUCUAUGGGUGAACGAAGCCAGCCAUACUGCGAUAACUUCAUGAACCAUCUGCUCAACAACCUUAGGAGUGCUGCUCUUUCAAAUCAGUUCAAGCCUGCCAUUCUGCAAUGUUUCGGUGACAUUGCCAGUGCCAUUGGUGGCCACUUUGAGACUUACCUAUCUGUUGUCGCACAGGUUCUACAACAGGCGGCUGCUGUCACUGCUGCUCCUGAUGGAUCUUACGAGAUGUACGACUAUGUAAUCUCUCUACGGGAGGGUAUCAUGGACGCCUGGGGUGGCAUCAUUGGGGCUAUGAAGAUCAGUGACAAGACCCAAGCGCUCCAGCCGUACGUGCAAUCCAUUUUCCAGCUACUCAAUAUUAUUGCGCAGGAUAUGAACAGAAGCGAGUCCCUGAUGCGAUCUGCUAUGGGCGUUAUCGGUGACAUGGCUGAUGCUUAUCCCAACGGGCAACUCGCCGACGCAUUCCGGCAAGACUGGCUUAGCCUCAUGAUAAAAGAGACCAAGAGCAACCGUGAAUUCCAGUCGCGGACGAUCGAAACUGCUCGGUGGGCUCGUGAACAAGUCAAACGCCAGCUCGGCGGUACCUCAUCGGUCAUGCAGCAGACAUGAAAGUCUCGCAAUUUAUUCUUACGACCUCCGCAUCGCCCCCAAUGCCCUUCCGAAGUCACGACACGCAGCUUCUCCCGACCAAUAAGCCGGACGUAUCCAGGCCUAUUCGCAUAUGCCGAAGUCGGAGGAAACCAGCAAUACCCCCUCGAAUACCCCUUACCCCCUUCCCAGCACCUUACCCCU